CUGACACCGCUACAACGUGUUUUUAUCGCUGGCUGUCCAGACGGAAGGUGCUGAAACGCUUUGUCGCGUGUCUGGAAGAAGUGAAAACUUUCCUGGGCAGCAAAGGGCUCACCUUUCCUGAGCUGGAACAGCCAGAGUGGCUGGAAAAGCUACACUUCAUGGUAGACAUGACAGCGCACCUGAACACGCUGAACACAGCUCUUCAGGGGAAAGGACGUACAGCCCUGCACAUGUUGGAGGAUGUUUUGGCAUUCGAGCGCAAGUUGAGAUUGCUUGCCAGAGAUUUACAGAAAGGCACUUUGUCUCACUUCCCCAAUUUGAGAGAGUUCAAACAAGGUCACGACAUGAUAAUUUCGGAGUAUUUACAUUCUGCAAUCAUCGCAAUGCAAACAUCGUUUGGGAAACGCUUCUGUGAGUUCAGAGAGGAAAAAAACACAUUAUCCUUCCCGGUCACUCCCUUAAGCAUCGAUCCUUCCCUACUGAAUACGACUGCAUUGGCAGGUGUGAGUCAACCUGAUCUUGAGAUGGAACUGGCCGACAUAGCCGACAAAGACAUAUGGGUGUCCAAGUUUAGACGCUUGACAGCAGACCUUGAAGAUGUUGCCCGUCAGAAGGCCGUUCUUGCUCAGAAACACAAAUGGAGUGAUAUUGAAAACCUCACAGAUGACAGCUUGCGAUCCUGUGUAAAGAUGAAGGUGACAUCAUACAGCCCUGAUGUGCAGACGCUGUGCGCUGAGGUCCAGGAGCAGAAAUCCCAUUAACCAAGAUGACAGCUGGCUGACGUUAUUUUUGGUUUGCUGCUGGCGGAAAAUUUAAGUUCGGCGUUUUUCAUAAAUACAAGAAGGACUCAAAUAGACAUUGAAUAUUUUACUUAAAAGUAACUUUCAACUCAACGUCUUUUUUUCGGAGUUCAAAAUGUUUUUGUUGCAUGCAGAAAUGUAAUUUCGUUUUCUCUGCAGGAGUUCAUCAAUUUCAUAAAUGCAACACAUUAUAGUUUGUUUAUACAUAGCAUAAAGGCAAAAAAAAACGUUGUAUGCAGUGUUAUUUCAUUUUAAAUGUCAAACGGGUUUUGCGGCUCCCAGUGUUUUCUUUUCUGUGGGAAACGGGUCCAAGUGGCUCUUUCAGUGGUAAAGGUUGCUGACCCCUGUCCUAAUCCAAGUCAUUCUGCAUCCUACCUGUUUCCUUAACACUACCUGCUCUUCCACCAAUCUUUGUAUCAUCUGCAAACUUGGAAACAAAGCCAUUUAUUCCAUCAUCUAAAUCAUUUAUAUACAGCAUAAGAAGUUGUCCCAACAUCAGCCCCUGUGGAAUACCACUAGUCACUGGCAAACAACCAGAAAAAGAUCCUUUUAUUCCCACUCGCUACCUCCUACCAAUCAGCCAAUGCUCUAACCAUGGUAGUAACUUUCCUGUAAUACCAUGGGCUCUUAACUUGAUAAACAGCCUCAUGUGUGGCAGACCUUCUGAAAGUCCAAAUAUCCAACAUCCAUUUAGAUACCCUUUAUUUAUCCUACUUGUAAUCAUCUCAAAGAAUUCUAACAGGGUCAUCAUGCAGGGUUUUCCCUGAAGGAAACUAUGCUGACUUUGUACUAUCUUGUCCUGUGUCACCAAGUACUCCAUCACCUCAUCCUUAAAAAUUGACUAACAUCUUCCCAAUCACUGAGGUCAGGCUAACUGGUCUAU